AUGGCUGUUGGCUUCAAUGGAAACCUUCAAAACCAAACCCAUAUCCAAGAAUUCAUACUGCUGGGUUUCUCAAACCACCCUGAGUUACAAACCUUUUUCUUCUUGGUGUUCUCCAUCAUUUACAUGUUGACCUUAAUAGGGAAUCUGGUCAUACUUCUGCUCAUCAUGGCUGACAGCCAUCUCCACACCCCCAUGUACUUCCUUCUCGGCAACUUGUCCUUCAUAGACCUUUGCUAUAUGACCUCCACCGUUCCUCAAAUGCUGGCAAACUUCCUCCGGGAUAGAAAGGCCAUCUCCUACGCUGGGUGCAUGGUCCAAAUCUUUUCCCUCAUUUCUUGUGUAGGGUCAGAGUGCUUCCUCCUAGCGGCGAUGGCUUACGACCGAUUCGUCGCCAUAUGCCACCCGCUACUGUAUAUGGUCAUUAUGAACAGAAAGGUUUGCCUCCAGAUGGUGGCUGGGUCAUGGCUUGGUGGUCUCCUGAACUCCCUUGUACACACGCUCCUGACGUCUACCUUGUCCUUCUGUGGGCCCAAGGAGAUCCGCCAUUUCAUGUGUGACGUUCCUCCACUCUUGGAGUUGUCCUGCACAGAUCCAGCCCUUAAUAACAUUGUGCUUCACGCAGCCAGCGUGUUCAUCGGCAUCAGCCCCUGCGUCUUCAUCAUCGUCUCCUACGUCUUCAUAGCUUUAGCCAUCCUCCGGAUCCGUUCGGCCGAGGGUAGGCACAGGGCCUUCUCCACUUGCACGUCCCAUCUCACGGUGGUCAUAACGUUCUUCGGAACAGCUUUGUUUAAUUACAACCGACCCAAUGCAGGCUAUUCCUUGGAUGUGGACACAUUGGUCUCAACUCUGUACUGUAUCGUCACCCCCAUGUUAAACCCAAUCAUAUACAGCCUACGGAACCAAGACGUGAAGGCAGCACUGCAAAAACUAGCAAGUAGAAAACAGGAUGUAUUCUAA